AUGAGCCCACGAUUGGAGGACGAUGUCUACGCAGAAGAGAAUCAUCGAGUUGAGGAAUCAUCAUCGUCCUCACCUUUGCAAGAGACAUACUCUCGCUCUCGGAUUUCGGCGAUACUAGCCCAGUGCGACGCAGUGAAAAUAUCGUCAGCAGAGUAUCUUUCCACAACUGAUUCCUCCUCCUCUUCAGGUGCUGACUCCGCCGUGUCAGCUUGUUGUGCCGAGUCAGCACAGCAUGAAGCUCCAGAAUCUCCUCCCUACUUGUUCGCAGACCAUUGUCGGAACUUGCACCUAAAGACAGAAAAUACAGAUGAUCAUCAGUACUGGUACUGCGAUUGGACCAACUACUUUGUACCCUUCAAUCACGCGAAUUUUCGAAACGAAUUCAAGAGUUUUCCAAAGCUGGAAAAUGUGGUCAAGGACUAUUGCCAACCCUUUCGCACCCACGCCGAAUUACAAAACAUGUAUGUCGGAUUGAAUACGGAAUCUAUGCCACGCAUGUCAGUCACGGAAGGAGGCACGGAUGGUCCAGAACCCUAUGCAGUACGAACGACAAUGAUUCAUUUGCGACCGGAUGCCAAACAGCAUUUGAUACUGCAAGCAGUGCACCAGGCCUUCAUGGCGUUGCACCCAACAUAUUAUCAUAUCAUUAAGAGUACCAUGCAUGAGUUUCAAGCAUUGGGCGGUCAUGGAACCGUUUCUUUGGUGUUGGUGGCGAAUGUAGUUACGCACAAAACGAGUUUGGAACGUCAUCUUUUGUUGCGAUUUUAUCAUGUCGAACAGCUGGGCGAGUAUCUGACGGAGAGUCAGCUUGAUGAUGAUUUGGAAAUUGAAAUGGAUCUAAAUAAGGAACGAGCAGAAGAAAAGAAGAAGAUAAAGAAUAUCGUUAUCAAUAGCCGAGAGGAACAGCCAAUGUCGCCACUCAAAAGCCAGCAUACAAGAUUGAACGAACUCAUAUCAGAGGCUUCGGCUUUGGUCAAGCUUGUCCAACAACAUGGAUUUCUACCUUCACACCGAGCUCCAGGACCAACCCAGAAAGAAACCUCACGAAUAUUACAAUCCAAACAUGGUCAAAAUUUCACUUCGAAAUCCGUGUUGUCCGUAUUUUACAAGGAUGUGCGAAACUUGUUUCCUUCUUUAUCGACCAAGGAUAAACAGGUACUACAAGAAUCUCACUCCUUGAUGGAACGCAUUUGGUCGGAAUUGGAAAUGGUUAAAGCCACUCACAACACUCUCAUCACAGAAUCUUCCUCAAGAUUUGGAAUGAGGCCUUGUCAACCCAAUUUGGAUCGAGAUUUCUGCUUUCAUCUAGCUCAGAUAUCACAGCACAAUAUGCUUGCAGAUUUGGCUCAACAAAUGGAAAAAGCAGAGACCAUAUUGCAUGAAGCUCUCAUGGAGUACGCCGACUUUGAAGCCUAUCUCAAGCAAGUCAUGCUGGAUGACUAUCUCAUUCGACUCAACAACAGCAAGCACAAAGACAAGAACAAAUUCAAUCCAGAUCAUUCGUUGGAUAUGGGACAGGCGCCCAUUCAUAUGAAGAAGCGAAAAAUGGAAGAGUUUCCUUGGGACGAUAUGGUUCGUAGAGCUCUAGACGAGGUGGCGCAUCAAGUGGCAGCCAACUGCUUGGAAGCCUUUCGCCCAAAAGAGUCUUUGCAAAUGUCAAUCGAUGCAACGCAUCGUGUUUUUGUAGCCUUUGGUAAAGCUGAUGAUCAAGAUCAAUCCCAAUUCUUGAAAAAGCUGUCCCGAAGGAACAUGAUAAAGGUGACUCAACAGCAAGCUCGAGUGAAAUUGCUAUUGGAAAAGAUCAUCCUUCUUCCACAUUCCCAUCCACAUAUCCCGAGAGUAAAGCAAUUGUCGAACCACUGGUACGAACUGACACUACAAUCGAAAACCAGUAACAUUCGUCGGGGCCCCAUCCCCAUUCUAAAUUUUCAAACCAAAUUGGGAGGACAGGGUUGCAUCACAAGUCAUCAAUUGAUCUUGGUCAAGGGAUUUUUUCGAACCGAAGUCUUUGUAUGGGAUUGGAUGGAUAUUGACCUUGCUUAUACUCCGGAUCAUCCUUUUGCAAAGAUCGCUGUUCUGGAAAAUGGAAAACGAAUCAGUGGAUUCAAUCCUCUCGGUGUCGAUCCAACUAAGAUCGUAAAGAUGGCCCAAACGCUGAAGGGAUUACAGGAGUAG